GAGAAGGAGAUCAUCCGUACAGUCUGCAACAUGAAAUUUAUUCUUCUUGCCGUGUUUGCCUGCGUGGCUGCUGCUGCCCCCCAGGGAUAUGACGCCCCUGCACGCCGUGACUCUGACGAAGUGCCCAUCCUGAGGGACGACCGCGUGAUCGAGGACGACGGAAGGUACAACUUCGACGUGGAAACAGGAGACGGCAUCGUGGUUUCAGAGUCUGGAUCUCCUAGCGCAGACGGAGGCAUCAACAGCGCUGGAUCAUACUCCUACACUGCUCCUGACGGCACUCCCGUCCACGUGGAGUUCGUGGCAAACGAGAACGGCUUCCAGCCCCAGGGCGACCAUCUGCCAGUGGCUCCCGAGUUCCCCCACCCGAUCCCCGACUUCGUCCUCGAGCAGAUCGCCUUCGCCGCUGAGGAGGACGCCCGCAGGCCCAAGGAGCCCUCCGACAGAUACAGCGCCCCUUAGUCAGAAUGUGUAAUAUUGUGUAGAUAGUACAAUGGUGUUCUAUUGUUGAAGAUUUGCAUGCUCUUCCUAUUUAUGAUUAUCCAAUGGAAUAAAAGAUACAGCUACA